AUCUUGGGAAACGUUUCCGAGUUUCAGCGAGUCGUCAGCGUGCUGCAGGAAGGGGUGGAUUUUGAUAUCGAUGUCAAUGCAUCUGUCUUUGAAACUAACAUUCGAGUGGUGGGUGGUCUCCUCUCAGCUCACUUGCUGUCGAAGCGGGCCGGCGUCGAGGUGGAAGCGGGCUGGCCGUGUUCGGGACCUCUCCUGAGGAUGGCUGAGGAAGCAGCUCGCAAACUCCUGCCGGCUUUUCAGACCCCAACUGGGAUGCCGUAUGGAACAGUGAACUUGAUGCAUGGAGUUAACCCAGGGGAGACCCCAGUUACCUGUACUGCUGGAAUUGGAACAUUUAUAGUGGAGUUUGCCACUUUAAGCCACCUUACUGGUGACCCAGUGUUCGAGGAUGUUGCCAGGAAGGCUUUGAAGGCACUGUGGAAAAAUCGCUCUGAUAUUGGGCUGGUCGGUAACCACAUCGAUGUGAUAACUGCCAAGUGGGUGGCCCAGGAUGCCGGCAUCGGGGCGGGAGUGGAUUCCUACUUUGAAUACCUUGUCAAAGGGGCCAUUCUCCUGCAGGACAAGGAGCUGAUGUCCAUGUUUCUAGAAUAUAACAAAGCUAUCAAAAAUUACACAAAGUUUGAUGACUGGUACCUCUGGGUUCAGAUGUACAAAGGAACAGUGUCCAUGCCUGUAUUUCAGUCCCUGGAGGCCUACUGGCCAGGUCUGCAGAGCCUAAUUGGGGAUGUAGACAAUGCCAUGAGAACCUUCCUCAACUAUUACACUGUCUGGAAGCAGUUUGGUGGGCUGCCCGAGUUCUACAACAUUCCCCAGGGCUACACGGUGGACAAGAGAGAAGGAUAUCCACUCAGGCCUGAGCUGAUUGAGAGUGCAAUGUAUCUGUACCGGGCAACAAGAGAUCCCACGCUCUUAGAACUGGGGAGAGACGCGGUGGAGUCAAUAGAGAAAAUCAGCAAGGUGGACUGUGGGUUUGCAACGAUCAAAGACUUGAGAGAUCACAGACUGGAUAAUCGCAUGGAAUCCUUCUUUUUGGCCGAAACGGUAAAAUACUUGUACCUGCUGUUUGACCCAGACAAUUUCAUUCACAAUGAUGGAUCCGUCUUUGAUGUGGUGAUUACACCAUACGGGGAAUGUGUCUUGAAUGCUGGAGGAUACGUCUUCAACACUGAAGCUCAUCCCAUAGACCCUGCUGCGCUGCACUGCUGCAGGAAGCGUAAGGAGGAGCAGUGGGAGGUAGAAGACUUGAUGCGGGAAUUUUACUCCCUGAAGAAAACUAAGAAAUUCAUUUUCAAAAGAGCUUCUGAUCAUGGUGAAGGGGAAAGUGCAAAAGACCCUGCAGAUGCCUCUUCAGAGAAAGCUGGAGAGAGAAGAAACUCUAAGAAGAGCUCACACUCCCUCCUGAGUUGCCCCAGUCAGUCUUUUAACUCUAAACUUGCAGUGCUGGGACAGGUCUUCCUAGAUAACAGCUGAAUCUUAAAUUAUUGAAC